AUGGCUGUGAUAAAAAUGAUCGUUUCUUCGGUGUUAAUCGCUUCUUUUAUUGGGAUUUCGACAGCUGAACAAUCCGAGGUGCCAAUCGGACUCUUCGAUUCACAAGCGGAUGUUUUCGCUUUGCCAAACGGAGAAAUCCCGGAAGUGCCGAUUGAUGAAGGAAAUGGAGAAGAGGAUGAGAAUGCUUUCAUCUUGUCGACAUCGAAACCAUUGGGACAAGUGGCCGGAUUGGGCAUCGAUUCUACCGGAAAUCUCAUCGCUUUCCAUCGAGCUGAUCGAGAAUGGAAUGAGGACACUUUCACGAAAGACUUCAAAUUGAAUAAAGCUCUUGGAGUCAUCCCGAAUGCAACGAUUGCUGUCAUUGAUCCGAACAAUGGAAAAGUUAGCGCGGAAUUCGGCGAGAAUCUCUUCUAUUUGCCGCACGGUUUGACGAUCGAUCACGAGGAUAAUGUCUGGGUGACUGACGUGGGAUCUCAUCAGGUGCAUAAACUCGACAAAAACUUCAAGCCAGUGAUGAGUUUCGGAGAGAAAAUGAUGCCUGGGAGUGACGAGAAACACUUUUGCAAGCCCACUGACGUUGCUGUGGCGAAAAAUGGACAUUUCUUCGUCGCUGAUGGCUACUGUAACAGUCGAGUGUUGAAGUUCGACUCAAAGGGAAAUUUGAUUGAUAUAAUUGGCUCGGAAAUGGAUCCCUUCAUCAUUCCCCAUUCAUUGUCUUUAAUCGAGGAUCUCAAUCUGUUGUGUGUAGCUGAUCGAGAGAACGAGAGAGUACAAUGCUUCUCAGCUGGUUUAAAAGAAGGUCACCGAUCGAUCCCUGCCGGUAUCCCGAUCACUUCAGCUGAUAAUAUUGGACGAGUGUUUGCGAUUCGAGAGAGAAAGCAUUUCUUGGUUGGAGUCACUGGAAGUGAUGCCGAGGAGGCGGUCGAAUCACAAGUUUUUGUCAUCGAUAUCGAAAGUGGAAAAGCACAAACGUUCUUGAAAGGAAUCGAAAACGGUCAUGCGAUCGCCAUCUCUCCAGAGGGAACCCUUUUCGUCGCACAAAUCAAUCCCAAUCAAAUCGUUUCGAUGAAUUUGAAU